CUAAAUUAGAAGAACAGAUCCUGUCCACCAUUCCUAGACUCCAUCUCCAGGUUUUCAGAGUGGCUGUGUUUCAGUAGAUCAGUCAGAGCGUGUGUGAAGCGUGUGUGUGUCUCCUGCGCUGUGCUGCAGUAGAGAGUCCUUCGCUCAGCCAACUGCUACUUCUCUGUGGAGGGCAUCGCAUUCUCCCUGCCUUUUUUUUGUUUUUUUUUCCUCACGUUUUUUUAACAUUAUGGUUGGAGUGCCUGAAUGAAAGCGGACUGAUCGAGGGGGAAAGGACGAGACUAUGUGUGUGACAGAAGAGCAAAGCAUGCUGCAGUGAGUCAAGCAGAAAAGAGUGAGAGCUCUCCACACCCAUGACCGUGUGCCUGUGUGUGAUCGAGUCAAACACAGCCGAACGGACUCGCUCAUCACCUGACAGAGUCACAGUGCACAUUGUGUGGUGAGACCGAAGGUCCUCUUCAAUCAAGAUGGACUUGGGCAUCAUUAUGGUGUGUGCUGACCUGAGCUAAAGAUCUCCUUAUGGAUCAGCUAGAUUCAUGGUCUCCACCGCUGUACUUCGAUGAAGACAGCUACCCCUCCCCUCCCAGGAAUAUGAAAGGUUUAUCAAGCGGUCGUCCUCAGCUCACCUUCACAUCAGGACACACCUGUGGGUUGCCAGACUGCGAUCAGUCCCUUGACCCCUUGCAGCAUGUCGGCCCCGAUUCCCGCUCUUCCUAUCUGCUUAGUCCGACUGAGAGCUGCCCUCUGGAUCCACACCGCUGCUCACCCCGAAGCUCCAUCCACUCAGAGUGCAUGGUGAUGCCCGUUUCUAUGGCAUCUGACCACGUUUCCAGCAGCACCUUUCCCAGAAUGCACUACAGUUCACACCACGACGGCUCGAGAGACGACAGCUCCACUUCUCAUGGUGGCGGCGGCAGUGGAGGGGUCAGUGUUGGCGGUGGGGGUGGCGGGUCUGGGAAGAUGAAUCGUAUUCCUGCGAACCUAUUGGACCAGUUCGAGAAGCAGUUGCCAAUUCACAGAGAUGGUUUUCACACACUGCAGUACCAGCGCACAUCUGCAACCACCACAAGCAGCGAGCAGCGCAAUGAGAGUCCCGGGCGCAUCCGCCACCUGGUGCACUCCGUCCAGAAGCUCUUCACCAAGUCCCACUCGCUGGAGGGGUCAUCCAAGAUGAACGGCACCAAGGGAGACUCACGCUCAGACAGCGGACACCACCACCACCACCAUCACGGACAUCACCAUGGGAACCACAAACACAGCAAACGGAGUAAGAGCAAGGAACGCAAGUCAGACUCCAAGCAACGCUCAGGGAUAGCAGGCUGGUGGAGUUCUGACGACAACCUGGACAGCGACAGCACCUACCGGACUCCCAGCAUCAUGAGUCGCCACCACGGAGAUCAUAUCACUCACUGUUACCCUGACACAGGCCAUGGGCACUUUGGCGACCUUUCGCUCAAGACCUCCAAGAGCAACAACGAUGUGAAAUGUUCGGCGUGCGAGAGCAUCGCUAUGGCCCCAGAGGGCAAAUUUAUGAAGCGCAGCUCGUGGUCAACACUGACGGUCAGCCAAGCUAAAGAAGCCUACCGCAAAUCUUCCCUCAACCUGGAGAAACCAACCAUGCCUCAAGAUCUGAAGUCCUCCAUGAGGCCUUGUAAUUAUUUGCAGGUCCCCCAGGAUGAAUGGGGAGGGAGAGAUGAGGAGAUCCCAUGCAGAAGGAUGCGGAGCAGCAGUUACGUUAAAGCCAUGGGUGACCAGGACAGCGGAGACUCCGACGGCAGCCCUAAAAACUCCCCACAGAAAAGUGUGCGACCUGACGCUCUCGUCAAAUCCGUGCUGCAAAGACAACUUUCAGACCAGAGCUCGUACCGUUUGGACAAGUCAAGCCGGGACAUGGUCAAAUACCUCACCAAUAUCACCGCAGAUUUAAGUCAAAGCUACCAUCUUCAUACCUCUAGGGAAAUCCAUCCCAGCAUCACACUAGAACCAUCUCCCAACUACAGCUCGCCGAAGUUCCGCUCCAGGAACCAGAGCUACAUGAGAGCGGUCAGCACCCUGAGCCAGGCCAGCUGCGUCAGCCAGGUCAGCCAGGUGAGCGAGACCGAGGUUAAUGGCCAGUUUGAGUCGGUGUGUGAAUCCGUGUUCAGCGAGGUAGAGUCUCAGGCCAUGGAUGCUUUGGACCUGCCAGGCUGCUUUAGAACACGCAGCCACAGUUACCUACGAGCCAUCCAGGCCGGAUUCUCACAGGACGAUGACUGCGUCCCCUCCAUGACAUCGUCCACUGUCACCUCCACCAUCAGGUCCACCACAGAGGGAAAUGAUGUGCUGGAAGGCACUGGUUUGCUUAAUGAGGACAAUUUUCCCAGUGAGGGGCCAGACUUAACCUCCAUGGCCCGUAGGAAUGCGGGGCUCCGUGGGAGAAGAGAUGAAUCCAGCACCCUUUAUGAUGAUAGCUCACCUACCACGACUCCCUCGUUACCCCCGCUGAAAACGAAUGCGCCCAUCAGGCCACGGCCUGUUCAGUCAAGUGUCCAGGAGACAGCGGAUCUGGCCCUGGCAAUCAGCCAGCAGUGGAGGGAGGAUGUGUCAGCCAUGCGUAAAGAGUUAGCUGAGCUCAGGAAGGAUCUGUGCACUGAGCUCAGAGCUUUUAACAGGAACUUUUCCACCUUUACACAACAUUACAGCACCUGGUCACCGAACUGGGUGAGGGAAACCCAGACAGCUGCUCCUCAGGUGUCUGUCAGCACGCAGGCAGGAAGCAAGACCCUGGUGCGACAGAACACAGCGGACGCAGCAGUUAACUGCCCCUCCCCCGUGGAUCCCAAUGUUUUAUCCAUGUCUUCCUCAGAACCCACAGAUAAAAAUGUCCUACAGGUCUCAGCCUCCUCACCAUUUUUUCAAACUGACCCCAACUCGGAAUUAGCAGACAUUGAUGAUCCUACUUUUGCAAAUCUUACCCCUCCAGAUCCUGUUGAUGUGGCAUCACUUUGUUGGCCUGAUCUAGAUUCAGACUCCAUGACUCCUCCAGAUCCACCAGAACCAGUGCCAGAGGUAGAACCGUAUUGCUUUAUGAAGUCAUCCACUCCUGAGCAUGUGGAAUCAGUUGUUUUAGACUUCACAAAUGUAGAGCUAGUGAACCUGGCCAGUUUGCAGUGGCCUAAACUGGAUCCAGAUGAUACUGGCUCUCCCCCCCUAGAAUCUCUUGAUCGUCUCUCCAAAGAAUCUCCGGAACAACCUGGUAAAUAUACACCGGACCACGGUAGCAUGACUACACAGAAACAGUCGGUUCUAGAAUCCAUGCAGCCCUUGUUGCUGAGUCAUACAGACGAAGAACCUUUGGACUUCACAUCAUUCGAAAUGGACUCCUUUGUUCUGAGUCCAGUGACCCCGGAUUCUAUGAAUCUUCAAGACUUAAAGUGGCCAAGUUUAGAAUCUCUUGAGCUCAAUGUUUCUGGCUCUCAAAGCCCAUGUGCUGUAGAUCUAGCCCUGCCAAACCCUCCCACCCCAGAAUCUGUCUAUGAGUGUUCCUACGAAGCCACAGUACAAGAACCACCCUUUCCAGAACUACUGGACACCAUUUAUCUUCAACCAGCCACUCCUGAGCCUGAAUCCCGAACAGAAUCUGACAUAUCAAACCCAGCAAGCCCUGAACCUAAUUUUCCUACUUGUCAAAAGCCAGCUGCACACGAACUAGACACUCAGGCUCUUGUUUUGUGGACAAAAAAGGAAACAUUCAUGGGAUGUGCAGAAGAAGGUAGUGCUAUGAACGUCCCAGAGUUCUACUCUGAAGAAGAUAAUGGGCAGAAUGUAGGUUCUUCUGCACCCAUUAUAAAUUUCCCAAUCCAGCCAGACACUGUGGACUCUUCUCCCCUGGAGUCUGAGACUCUCUUCUCUGCCAUUCUGUGCUCAGUUGAGUCAGAUACCUUCGAUCCUGAAGUUACUAGCCUAGAUGAACCAAUGUCACAGGAGCUGAACCCACCUGGACUUGCUACCAUAGACCCAGCAAAUGUGCAUCCCUUCAAUCUAUCCCUGUUGGAGCUCCAGUCAGCUUUAGAUGUAUCUAAAAGUGAAACAAGUGAUAAUGGGUCACCAAAGGGAACAGCAGCCAUUAGCAGCCCUUCUCAUUCACUUUCCGGGAGGGAUUUCCUGUGGAUUCGGUGGCAGUGGAAAGCACGCAGACGGCAGCCGAUGUCACGGAGUGCCAGUAUGGAAAUUUACCACAAGAAAUACUCAAACAAUUCAGAGAUGACCUAUAUGUCACUCUCUCUCUGAGUGCAUGAUGCUACACGAGGUGUGCAAUAGAUAAUCAUAUGUAAUAUUUACAGGCAGAAUACAAGACUGUUAGGUUAUGUAGCAAGAUGUUUACAGGUUUGUGUCUCUCCAUGGUGUGUGUGUGAUUAUAUGAGAGAGAAUGAGAAGUAGAGAGUGGGAAAGGGGGUAAGAGAUUGUUACAUUUGAGGCAUGGAUGAGGUUAUGAGAGAGGUUGUAGCUAAAAGGAGUCUGAUGACAGCAAUGGCACUGCAUUAGUGUACUUCAGACAUUCAGCACCUAUUUACACUGCAAAACUGGUGAGUCACCUUGAACUUCACUCCUCUCUAGGGACACUCUCUGGCUUAAGAGUGACUCAAAUGUAUUUUAGUAAAUACUGUGACUGUUUUUAGGCAGAGAACUAAGACUUCCAGUCAAGACACUCUCUCCAAUGAACUUUAGAAACUACUGAGUAAACUGUAAAAUAAAUCUCUGUACAAACUGGUCUCGGAUCAACCAGAAAUUUGUACUUUGGUCAUGCUCUCUGAGAGUGGGUGGUAGGGAGAAACCUUUUUCAGAUGGAACAAGUCAGACUAUGAACUGGAGGUUGGUGAAAGACUACCUGAAACAACUGCAUAUCGCCUGGAUACAUUUUAUGGAUUUUGAUCAUCUUUUUUCUCUGACUGUAAUGUAAUGGUUGUUUCCCUGGUGUGAAUGAUGGAAUCCUGUAUUCCAUUUGACUCAAUGUCUACAGAGCCAAAGUCUCACUGUAAAAAGUGGAGGAAAAUUUAGUACUGUGAAAUUUGCAAAGACACAACGGCUAUGUUACGAUACUCUGUGGAGUGACUGCUGUUUCUUUUUCUCCUUUUUUGCUCAAAUCUUAUUAAGAUCUAUUGGGAUAUAGGACGAAAAUGUUGAAUGUGAUAUUUU